AUUUAUUAUUUCAUUAAAUGGAAGCACUUGAUAAUGAGAGAUGGGUUGAUCUUUAAGCCUAAGUGGAUCACCAAAACCAGAUAAUUAAAACCUAAUAGGAAGAUAUCAAUCAAUACAAAUAAAUCAUAUCAAGUUACAAGACAUAAAUUGGACAAAUUGAGAAUAAAAUGAAUUCAUUUUCUUAAGCAGAAGUAUUGUUAAGAGAUGCAAAUCAUAGAAAUGAUAUCUUGAUAGCAGAAAUCGAGAGAUUAAAUGUUAUCGUUUUUCAAUAAGGAAAUGAAGUUGAGGAAUGGAAAAACAAAGCACAACGCUUAGAUUUAGCCCUACAAGAAUACAAAUAAUUCGAACUAAGCAAUAGAGACAUGGUUCUCAAGGCAACUAGAUUGGCAGAAGAAGUAGAAAGAUUGAAAGAUUUAUUAACAAAAAAAUAGCUAGACUACUAGCAACUUCAAAUUGAGCUCAAUUAAGCUCUACAAGACUUAGAAGACGAAAGAAAUAAGGUUAAAUUGCUUGAAGACAGACUAGCUGAGUUGGAAUCAGAAACUCCAACAGAAAAAGCACUCAAACAAAUUCUAAUUCAAAAAACAGAAAUAAUAAGAUUGUAAUAGGUGAUUCAAAGUUUGAAUAAUAAAAUUUAAUACUUACAAUAAGAAAUAGAUGAAUUAAACAUUAAAUACAAUAAUCAAUUAAGAGCUAAUGAUGAUUUGAGAACGUCAGCUGAAGCAAAUGAGAAAAAGGCAAAGAAAGCUGAGCUUGAUCUUUAGAAAGCUUUGGAGGAAAUAGAAAAAUUGAAAAAAUAAUUAUCUGAUGUCAAACCAGUAGUAUAAACAGUGCCAUAAGGAGUUGAUCAAUAAAAGGUUGAUUAGAUGUAAGAUUUAAUUUAUAGUCUUUAAAAAUAAUUAAGAGAAACAGAGGAUAAUUUAUAAGAUGCACUCAAUAAACUUAGAGAUGCUGAAAACAGAAUUAAAUAAUUAGAAAGAUAACUCAAGGACUUAGAAUUAUAAAAUUAAAUGGCACAAGAUAGAUUAAAAGCUUAAUAAUUGUUAUAAUCCUAAAUGAACAAUAAUAAUAACAAUGUUAAAUAAUAACCAUAUCCUACAGAUAUUAUAGCUGAUUAUGAAAGAUAAAUUCAAGAAUUAUUGAGGGAAUUAGAGAAACUCAGAAAUGCUAAACCUUUUGAUGACAGAAUGUUAAGAAGACAAAUCUAAGAUUUGUAAUCAUUAAUAGUUCUUAUGUGUGCUGAAAUUGAAGCUCUAAGAGCUAAAAUUAGAUGA